AACCUCCCCCAACCCACAGGCUCAAGCUCAAGCUCAAGCACCAAUGCCGUUCCUCUCUCUGCCUUGAUGCUCAAGCCACCCCGCUCCCUUUUGACCUCCCUCCCUCCCCCCGUCUCCAGAAUCUUCCUGCUCCGCUACCUCUUCCGAUCGCGCCUCAAUCUUCGAUCGCCGCGAUUCCCGGGGGGGCCCUCAUCUCGCGCCUUUCCGAGGAUUCCCAUUUCGCAUGGGCGGAUUCGGCUGGUUACGAUCGUGCCGGCGGCGAUUGUUGUUGUCUUCGCUCGCGGGUCAGACGGAUUCGAUUGCGAAUAGCUUGGCUUCCGAUUCGCGGCGGAGGGCGGCGUUCUUGCUCGCCCGAGCUUCGUACAGUUGCAGUCCUUUUACUGGAAAUCCUAUCGACCGUGAGACCUUGAGGUCACCAUGGAGUUAUCGGCAUCUUCAUGGGACGGGUUCUUGUCGCUACCCUGAAAGAAGCUACUAUGAUAUUCUUGGAGUUCCGGAGAAUGCCGGCCGAGAUGAGAUUAAGAAGGCUUUUCAUGCGCUUGCAAAGAAGUACCAUCCGGAUGCAAAUAAGAAUAAUCCUUCUGCAAAGAGGAAAUUUCAAGAGAUAAGAGAUGCUUAUGAGACUUUGCAAAGUUCUGAAAAAAGAGCAGAGUAUGACAGGAAACGCUCUAGUUCAGUAAAUGUUGAAUAUGGUGAAGGAGAUGCUGAGGGGUCCACACAUGAUUACGGGAGGCAUUUCUCUAGUUCCUUCCACAAGAUAUUUUCUGAGAUUUUUGAGGACGAGACAGAUCGAUUUGCAUCUGAUAUUCAGGUGGAACUGAUACUUUCUUUCAUUGAAGCUGCGGAAGGGUGCACAAAAGAUCUGUCCUUUGAAGCAUAUGUUCCUUGUGAUUCUUGUGAUGGAGGUGGCUAUCCACCUGGUGUCAAGGCGAGAAUCUGUCCAACUUGCAGAGGAGUUGGGAGGGUCACUAUUCCCCCAUUUACAGCAACAUGCACUACCUGUCAUGGCUCGGGGAGAGUUGUCAAGGAGCAAUGCAUUUCAUGCGGAGGAUCAGGGGUUGUUGAAGGCACUAAGGAAGUUAAAGUUACGAUUCCUGCCGGUGUGGAUUCGGAAGAUACAAUUCGCGUGCCAGAGGCUGGUAAUGCUGGAGCAAGGAGGAGUCGACCUGGAAACUUAUUCAUCAAACUAAAGGUGGCUGAAGAUCGUACCUUCACCAGAGAUGGUGCAGAUGUAUAUGUGGUCUCAGAAAUUAGCUUCACACAAGCAAUUCUUGGUGGUAAAGUUGAGGUCCCAACUUUAUCGGGGAAAGUACAAGUUAAUAUACCAGAGGGGGUACAGCCUGGACAGCUUGUGGUUCUCAGAGGAAAAGGACUACCAAAACAUGGUUUUCUUGUCAGUCAUGGAGAUCAAUUUGUGCGAUUUCGGGUUAAAUUCCCCAGCGAGAUAAAUGAACGACAACGUGCAAUUUUAGAAGAAUUUGCUAAAGAGGAGAUCAAUAGUGAAAACGAUACUUUUCAAGAAGGAAAUGGGUGGGCACAAUUUCUCGGACGCGUGGCAAGUCCUAAGUUUGUGCUCGAAAUGUCUCUGCUCCUGUUGAUCCUCAUGCUUCUGAAGAAAGUAUUGGCUUGAGCACGUGCCUCAAAUUUGCAGUCAGACUGGAUCGGAUAAUACCUCUGAUUGACUGGUUGUGUUGGAGGAUUCCCCCAGAUUAUAAUCUUUGGUCGAGUUAUAUUGGUAGAAGGCAUGGUAUUUUUCUUGGAGGUGAUCGCCGUUGCUCAAUUACAAGUUCAUCAAAAGCCAUUCUUUCGCCAUCGCAGCUCACCCAUUCUUUGAGGUACAUACACUUUUUUGUACCCUCUGAGUAAUGUACAGAAAUUAUAUAAUCUUAAUAAAGUUUCAAAUACUUCUCCCUCUCCCCCUCUCUACCCCUCUGUGAUUAUCAAGCGCUUGAACCGCACCAUGUACCCCUGGUGCGGACUUCAUCUAACAAUACGAGAAUAUAUCACGACUUUGA